GUUGCCUCUUGUGUAAGGCUUCUUCUUCACUUUCACAUUUUGUUCCAUAGAGAGAGAGAAUCAGAGGCCAUUCUUCUAGGGGAUUAAACUUCAUUACCUUCUAAAGUAUAAUAAAUUAAAAAAAAAAUUCUUAAGAAUUAUAAUAUUCCUUUGGAACUAGGUUCGUGGCAGGCACCCCACAAUUCACAAACCUGAGGUUUGAAUUUUGGGUGGUGCUUCCUCUGAAUUUGUCAAAUUCAGAAAUCAGAAUCUAGUUCCAACUCCAUAUUGAUCGUUGCAAUACAACAAUAACAGAGUUUCUGGCGGUGCAACUAUUAGCGGUUGAAAAUGUUGGGGGAUUUCAUUAAUCGGUGCCUCAUACUUCUUCUGGGGUAUGCGUACCCUGGAUUCGAAUGCUAUAAAACAGUGGAGAAAAAUAGGGUGGAUAUAGAAGAGCUUCGAUUCUGGUGCAAAUACUGGAUCAUUGUGGCCCUCUUCACAGUACUGGAAAAGUUUGCAGAUAUCUUUCUUGCAUGGAUUCCAAUGUACGGAGAGACGAAACUGAUUCUCUUUGUCUACAUGUGGUAUCCCAAAACAAAGGGUACGGGAUAUAUUUAUGAGACCGUGUUGCGGCCCUGCAUAUCAAGGCACGAAAAUGAGAUUGACAGGAAAUUGCUAGAGUGGAGGGCAAGGGCAUGGGACUAUGUGAUAUUUUACUGGCAAUAUUGCGCGCAAUUCGGGCAUUCUGCAUUUCUCAUGGCGCUUCAGCAAUUAGCUACUCAAUCUACAAAAAUUAUUCCUACCCCAGCAGCAACUCAGAAAAACGUGAACGAUGCACAGGUCCAAACCGCUGCAGCAGAAAUGACUGUAAAACAAGCAUCUUUCCAGAUGAAGCAAAACAGCACCUUGAGCAAGAGCAAGAAGUGGCCGCCAAGUCCCCCAACAUCACCGACCGCCACCACAAAUACAAUUCACCGCAGCAGCAGCACCAUCUCAGAGACUCCUCGAAAGUCUAAAACCAUGCACCAGGUUCCGGUCGAUCAUUCCUCUUCGGAAGAGUAUUUAGAAGAGGAAGAGGCAUUGAUGGACCCUGAACCUGUUACAUUAGAUCAGGAAGUAAAAGAUGAUGAGCAGCGCGUGGGUGUGAGCGUGAGGGACAGGAUCAACCGCGCUCGCGCGAGGCUAAGGAGGUUAGAUUCCUCACAAACCCCCAAAACACCGCGAACACCACAAAAACGACAGCAGUAACAGCAACAUUUGUACAUAGUGUCACCUUAAUUAUCCCCUUGGAGAAAAAUGGUGAAAAAUGAAAUUAGACUCUGCUUUCUUUUUCUUUCUUAUUCUAAAAGUUGUUGUUCAUUUAUAUAUGUACACUUUUAUUCUAGUAACACGCUUUGCGAAUUUGCAAAGUUGAGUUCAA